UACCUUAGCUAGUUUGUGUUUACGUGUUGAAUCGUAUCGAUAGAUUAUACAAUGCAAUUUAAGCUUAUCACAUUUGUGGCGUUCAUCGCUUCAUCGAAAGCUGGUCUAAUUCCUGCUGGUCCAGCUUUAAGCUAUGGAUACGCCGCUCAUGGCCCUGCUCUAUCGCUCCCUCCUUCCUAUCCAGCUUACUCAGCCUACUCGUCUUACCCAGCCAUUGCUCCUACUUACCUAAACCCAGCCGCUGUUGCUGCCCCAUAUGGCCCUACUUUGGUAAAAGCAGCAGCUCCUGUUGCUCCCUCAGUAGAUUACGUGGCUUAUCCAAAAUACGAAUUCAAAUAUGGAGUAGCUGAUGGACACACUGGAGACCAAAAAUCCCAAUCGGAAAUUAGAGAUGGAGAUGUGGUGAAAGGCCAGUACUCAUUGGUGGAAGCUGAUGGAACAAUCAGGACUGUUACCUACACUGCUGAUGAUCACUCAGGAUUCAACGCGGUUGUGACCAGAACUGGUCAUGCAACUCAUCCAGCUACUCCGAUUGGCGUUGCUCAUAAAGUAAUUGCUGCUCCACCUUCUUAUGCAGCUCCAGCCUUAGCAUCUCCCUAUGGCUACCUCAAAGGCUAAUCAAUCCUCAAUUGCCCUGCAUUUCAAAAUGCCUUAAACUGCCAUUAGCCUACAGAAUGCAAAUUAUUAUUGUAUUUAUUUUAUUGAUAUGUGUAGUGUUUUAUUUAAUUUGUAUUUUGUACGCGUGACUCGGGUUUACGGCUCAACGACUUCGCUUGACCUUUAAUUUUUCGUAAUUCGUUUGUACAUAACUAAGCUCUAGUUUAAGAUCAUCGCAGUAUUGUCUCAUCUGUAUAUUAUAAUAAUAUUACAAGAAUAUAUCAGUUUUAAAAAUA